AUGGAGGAGGAUGACGAUAAAGCUGAUACCAAGAGGAAAUCCCGGAAUCUUAGUGAGAAAAAGCGGCGCGAUCAGUUUAAUUUAUUGGUCAAUGAGUUAAGCUCGAUGGUUUCAAGUAACAGUCGUAAAAUGGAUAAAUCGACAGUGCUAAAGUCAACAAUAGCAUUUUUAAAAAAUCAUAAUGAAGUUGCUGUUCGGUCAAGAGUCCACGAGAUUCAAGAGAAUUGGAAGCCAUCCUUUUUACCAAAUGAAGAAUUUACUCAUCUCAUUUUAGAAGCAUUAGAUGGCUUUAUUAUCGUUUUCUCAACGUCAGGGAAAAUACAUUACGCAUCCGAAAAUAUCACAUCGCUUCUAGGACUUUUUCCUAAUGAUCUCUUAAACAUGACAAUUUACGACAUGGUAUACGAAGAAGAGCAACAAGAGAUAUACAAUAUUUUAUUGAACCCACCAAAGACUGUGAUUGAUUCACUUCAGAGAGGAAUCAGUUCGGAAAAUCAAGUUUCCUUCUUGUGUCAUGUUCGGCGUGGUUUACUUAAGAAUUCUUUGGAAAUUUCAUACGAAUAUGUUCAAUUUUCUGGAUAUUUUAGAGAUAAUGUAGAUGUAGAUAACAUGAUGUCAACAAGCAGAUACGGAAGUUUCUCGGGAGAAGCUUUCUUUGUUGGUACUGGUCGAUUAAUGACACCGCCUUGGACGCCGCAACUGAUUCGUGAUAUGUCGAUUGUAGACACAAAUAGUGAAUUUACAUCUCGACAUAGUCUCGAAUGGAAAUGCUUAUUUCUUGAUCAUCGAGCUCCACCCAUCAUCGGAUAUUUACCAUUUGAAGUGUUAGGCACAUCGGGCUACGAUUAUUAUCAUUUUGAUGACCUUGAUCGAAUUGUCGCAUGUCACGAAGCACUGAUGCAGAAAGGCGAGGGAACUUCAUGUUAUUAUCGAUUUCUGACAAAAGGUCAACAAUGGAUCUGGCUUCAGACACGAUUUUAUAUAACUUACCAUCAAUGGAAUUCUAAGCCUGAAUUUGUCGUAUGCACACAUCGUGUUGUGAGUUAUGCUGAUGUGAUGAGACAUAUGAAGAAAAGCGAUGGUGCAACAAUAAAAGAUGUUGAUGAUAUUGACAGUACAGCAAAAGAUAAGAAAGCUUUACCAUCAACGUCAACUCUCAUGGUAAUGUCACCGUGGAGUUCGAAAAGUUCAAGGGCUUCAAAGACAUUUGCACACACACAAGAAUCGUCAAGCUUAAAGCCAAAACGUUUUUCUUAUCGUCCCGACUCCGAUUCUGCUACUUCCAUGUCGGCAGACUCGCCAUUAAGUCAUCAUUCAAAGUUGACACAAAACAGUUCAGUCAGCCAACGCUCAAGGUCCAAACAGAAUAUGCAGAUAUCGAAGGCACUAAGUGGAAAUCAACAACAGCAGCAACAUCCACAACAUCAUCAACAGCAACAUUCUCAUUUCAGUCAAUUCAACUUACCACAAACUCAAGUCUCUUCACAACAUUCACAAACAAAUAAUCAACCGAAUUCACAAGCACUUUCACUUUGUCCACCCACAUUGGCACCACGAAUGAUUCCUCAUCAUCAACAAGCAAGUGAUCAACUAGUGACACCAUUCCUAGAUCAAUCUCAAUACUUGACGGCUAUUCCUGUUCAGCCAGUCUUUCCUGCCACUGCAACUGUUAUUUCACCAAUUCAACAAGCACCGGAAUAUUCGUCGCCAGGUAUCGUUUUCACGCCUACUCAGAAUCGAAUUCAAGAUCAUCUCCAAAGGAAGCAUGAAGAAAUACAAAAAUUAAUUGUUCAACAGCAAGAGGAACUUAGAAGGGUGUCAGAACAAUUGUUUAUAGCACGUUAUGGCAUGCUUCCAACAGCUGUUAACGUGACUGUUCCAUUUGUGACACCAAUGGAUCAACCAGAAUGUAUUGACAUUAGUCGUUGUAUAAGUACAUCGUCACAUGCUUCGUCAUAUCAUGAUUAUCAACCUCAAAUGAUUCAUCCAUCGACGACGUCUGGUCAACAACAAGUGAAUAAUCCCCAAAUGCACAUUCAACCUCCACAUUCAACGAUGCAUCCGCCUCAUGUUCCAAUACAAUACGAAAUGAACCCGCAGAAAUCAAACACAAUUGAGAAUAUGGAAGCAGAUCAGCAGAAUGAAGAUAUCAUGCAAUAUAUGCAGCUUCAAUUUCAAACACUUCAACCUUCAAAUUCCCACCAAAUGUCUCAACAAAUACAACACCAACAAAUCAUCACUCACGAUGACUUUGAGCUAAUGCCAUACCAGAUGAUGCAGCAACAAGCUCAAAUGUUGUUUACAAAUGAUAAUAACAGUGAGAAUACUAACAAUAAGUGAAGUUGUAGUGCACAACUGACGUAUAUCAUGAUAGAAUUAAGACAAAAAGGUUUUCGCAUGGAGUAAAAGGAAUAAAUAGCUGUUUAGCAACUUAGUUUUGAG